GGUCUGGCCAGGCUGUGUUUGUCAGCCGUCCGGACCUCACAAGUCUCCAAGCACAAACUAAUGUUCCAAGUCUGGAUUUUUGCCAAGUUUUCGGGCUUGCAUCCUAAAUCGCUUAAGGAAGAGGGUCGGGAUUCGGGAAUCCUUCGGAGGCAACGGUUGCUUCUUCCUCCAGACCGAAAAACGAAAGGAGGCGAGGCGUGCGUGCCGCCGCCGCCCAUGUAAUAAUUCCUUUUAUCCGCCGUUAUAUAAGACCGCGCUUCCCCCGCCUCCCUCCCUCCCGAGGACGAGUGUGGGCGGGGAGUCGUCGCGGCCGCCGGCCUCUCAGCCGUGGGCGUGGCUUCCGCGGCCCUCCGCUUCCAUUGGCUGAUGCGGGCGCCUCCGUCCACCCUCGUCGGCCGGAAUUUUCGGCAGGGAAGAAGCGCGUCUUUUCACCGAAGAACGCUCGUCGGCGCGGGGAAAGGUGACCUCCAUGUUGUUGCCUGGCGGAAGUGCGCCCCUUUCCUCGCUUGCGGAGAGGAGUGUUUCCGAGCGCCGCCAUGGCAUUAUGCUUCCAACACUUCGCCACUUCUGCCACGGCAGGCCUCCUGCGCCCAUAGCCAGCAUGGGCCCAGUUCGUAGAUACUUAUCCUGGGAAAACGAGCAGCGUUGCCGAGGGCAGCUUGAGGCGUCUACCAACCGAUACAGACAAGAAGCUGCACCAGCAGCUGUUUUGGUGUCCCUGUGCUCUGUGGCUGGGGACCCAGCCAUCCUGUACACGCUGAGGUCCAGCACCUUGACUGGUGUGCACAAAGGAUCUGUCAGUUUCCCAGGUGGUAAGCGCGACAGCUGUGACCGGGAUCCCAUUGCCACAGCACUCAGGGAGACUCAGGAAGAGUUGGGCCUGCGGGUAGAGGAGGACUGCGUCUGGGGAAUCAUGAUGCCUAUACCUGAUAAGGUUGAGGCCGUUUUCACACUGUCUUUUCGCCACUUGCUGCAAGAAGAGAACCAGGGCUACACUAACUUCUGCCACAAGGGUACCUACAGCCACACACUUCCUGUCUUCCUGCACGGUCCUCACCGUGUAUGGGGUCUCACAGCCAUCUUCACCGAAUUAACUCUGGAAUUGCUGGUGCCAGGGGCAUACCGCAGGCGGACUCAUGUGGUGGGCAGACGCUGACCUUGGCUACCAAACUCUGCUCCCCUUUUCUAUGUUUGCCAAGGGACUUGGAUGCAGGUGGUGCUAAUCCCUUUCCUAAGUCACUGGAGUAUUUUCAAAACGCAAGUCUGUCCACUCUUGUUCGGCACACAGAAAUUGGCUUGUUCUCCUGCUCCUGGUGCAAUUGCAUUUCAUCGUUAGUGGUCGGGGAACGAAUUGCCUAGCCACUUCUGCUAACAGCUGCUGCCAGACUUAUUUAUGAAUAGACCUUGAAUAAACAGACACACUGGGAACUCGGUGCAGGUAUUUGUGAAUGUGUUGAAGACAGAACACAGCAGUAGGCAGUCAAAAGAGAUGUUGGUACUGGACAGUAGCCCAGCUCCAUUCAGUAGCACUUUGUUGACAGGUCAAGUUAAACAAGGAUUUGCCAAGGAUCUUAGGUGUCCAUGUAAUGGCUCAGAACUGUGAACAAAUGUUGAUCCCUAUCUUGUUGUUUAUGGUACCCAGGAUGCUUGGCUGAAGGAUGCCCUCUUACAAUUUUUCCGCUUUUUUCUAGUACUUGCCUUCACAACAUGUUUUCCCCACCACAUGCAUAUGAGAAUUUGUUUGAUAUUCAAGCACACAAUCUCCGUACCCUUUCAGCCAUGUCCAUUUAACGUGGAAGUUGAGUUUAGGUCGUCCAUGUAGAUUGAACAAGAAUUUCUUGAACUAUG